UAAAGGUGAUAAAGAUUCCUUUAACAAAAGAAAUGGAAUCAUCGGGAAAGUCAAGCAAUAGGAUAACAAGUGCCCAACAGAAGUUGAUGUUUAAAUUCAUUGAGGAGCACCCACAAAUGCUACGGAGUCGCUUUAACAAAGACUACACAAUGCAGGAAGCUAGUCGUCUCUGGAAGCGACUCAGUGCUGCCCUAAAUGCUACAGAAGGCCCCAAAAAGAGCUCUGUUGGAUGGAGGAAGUCUUGGACAAACAUGAAGUGCCUUAGAAAUAAACCUGAGGGUAGAGAUUGUACGCUGCCACUACCAUCAGGAUCGACUUCUGAACGAGAUUUUGAAGAUGAAUCGUUGAGUUUUCUUCAAGGAUCAAAUGAUUUUCUUCAGGAUCACGUGGUGGUGAAGCAUGAAGAUCCUCUGGACAUAGACUACUGCCCUAUGUUGAUCGAAAAUAAUGCAAAAGUAGAAAAGGAAGUUGUUGAUGAUGUUGCGGAGAAUAUUGCAACGAACCUCCCUGUUCCAGAUAACCAAAAACUAUCUAAUAAUAGGAAAAUUAAUGAAGAUCCUGAUUCAAUUGAGGAAAUUAGUGAAGGAUAUGCAGAUGAACUUGCCAGGAAGCAGCUAGUCCUAAUGGAACGACAAACCAUUGCAAUUGAAACUCUAAAUCAAACCCUCCAAUUCCAAGGAAGUGUUCUGCUGCAGCUCUCAGAAUCAAUCAACAAUUUUUCUUCUACUAUUAGGAAAAUGCAAAAUGGAAAUUGCUGAUUUAGCCGGAAGACUGCAUUUUCCCGGCUAAUUGCAUUUUAACCCCUUCGCGUUUUUUGGGUCAUACGUUGACCCAAACGUGAAACAUUUUAUUUUUACAAUUAUUUAUGAAUUUAAUUGUUCUUUCAAGUUACAAAUACAUCAAAUUCACAUAAAAGAGGCCAGAUGUUCUGACUGAGAAUAGUCUUCUGAAAGCAUCUUCUAAACAAUAAAUAUCGUGAUAAAAAGAGCUCAUGUUUGAAUGUUUCACGUGGACGCGAAAGGGUUAAAAUAAACCCAUCGACCAAUCAGAAUCAUUUGAGCACAUGGUGGAUUUG